AUGAGCCUUGCACCCCCUGACCCACCGCCAUUGACACCACCUCGAUCACAGCCUUCGGCCAUUGUCGCCGUCUUUCGACCCUUUCUCUCCGCCAGCGCUGCCGUCCUUCAGCUCUCGCAAACUAUGCAUCUCUUGAUGAUGAAGCUCUCAAAUAAAUGUUAUGGUAAAAGAAUAAUUCAAUUAAUCUUUCAUUACUUAGUUAAACCCUACAAAACCAACAUCCCUUUAUCAUUCCGUCGUCGAUCACGUUCAUUAUCGCCUCCUCAUCGCCGGUUCUUCAGAUUGGUUGUGUUCGAAUCUGGCAUGGCUUUAUCUCUGGGCAUACCUCUGUCGGAUCUUGAUAACCAUCCAGUUCUCGAUUUGGCCAUCGAUGGAGCAGAUGAAGUUGACCCAAAUAUGAAAUUAGUCAAAGGGUGCGGGGGAUCGUUGCUUCGUGAAAAAAUGAUCAAAGGUUGUUGCAAGAAUUUCGUUGUGAUUGUCGAUGAAUCAAAACUGGUAGACUACGUCGGCGGAAGUGGGUUAGCCAUGCCGGUUGAAAUUGUUCCUUUUUGCUGGAAAUUCACUGCACAGAAGCUUCAAUCACUGUUAAUUUUGUUGCCGCCACCAUUGUUGGAACCCUAA